UUGCUAUGCUUGGCCAUCCCAAAAGGCUUUCGCAGCAGUCCCAGCCAUGGCUGGCUUGUCGGUCCCCUCGCCAUUUCUGCUAACACUAGCCCUUCUCCUCCUCUUCCUUCUCAUCUACAUCUCUCCCUUAAACCAAAACCACCUCACUCUCCAUUUUUCUCCAUCUAGAACUGCUCCAAGUCCGACACUUACCUACCCACAAACCAGCCACAAAACCCCGGCACAACUUUCAGCGGCACCUUCUCCUGCGGAGGCGGAGUCUUUCCCAGAUUCACCACCUUUCUCAACUUCCACCGAUAAUCCCAGUAGCAAUAUUCCUCUCAGCCGUAAUAACAUCAAGAAAAGGAGUAGGACGGAGAAGAUCGAAGAAGAUUUGGCCAGAGCUCGAGCGGCUAUCCGCAACGCAAUUCGUUUACAGAACUAUACUUCUGAUAGGGAGGAAACAUACAUCCCCAGCGGAUGCGUUUACAGGAAUGCAUACGCCUUUCAUCAGAGCCACAUAGAGAUGGUGAAGAGAUUCAAGGUGUGGGUGUACAGGGAAGGAGAGAAACCGAUGGUCCACUGUGGGCCCAUGAGUUACAUCUACUCCAUAGAGGGCCAAUUCAUCGACGAGAUGGAGAGAGGAGAGAGCCCUUUCCUGGCCCCUCGUCCUGAUGAGGCUCAUGCGUUUUUCCUGCCUAUAAGUAUAACCAAGAUUGUUGAUGUCUUUUACAGGCUUGACCCCUGGCACUUUCCUAUGCUUCCAAUCUUCACCGACUAUGUUAAUGUUGUUGCAAGCAAAUACCCCUACUGGAAUAGAAGCGGUGGAGCAGACCAUUUUAUGAUCUCUUGUCAUGAUUGGGCACCAGAGGUCAUAAAGGAGGAUCGUGAGUACUUUAAGAACUUCAUAAGGGUGCUAUGCAAUGCCAAUACGUCUGAAGGAUUCAUACCAACAAGAGACGUCUCAUUGCCGGAAUAUAAUCUGAAAGGUCACCCUUUGUACACCCUCGGCCCACCCCGUCUCGGCCAAUCCCCUCGGAACCGCAACAUCCUUGCCUUCUUUGCAGGUGCAGCGCAUGGAGACAUAAGAAGCCUUUUAUUUGAGCAUUGGAAGCAAAAAGAUAAUGAGAUCCAAGUAUAUGAAAAGCUUCCCACGAAGAAAAACUACCACAAAUUGUUGGGGGAAUCCAAGUUUUGCUUGUGCCCAAGUGGGUCAGAAGUGGCAAGUCCUAGAGUGGUCGAGGCCAUGUAUCAAGAGUGCGUCCCAGUGAUCAUUUCUGAUUAUUACACCUUACCCUUUAGUGAUGUUCUUGAUUGGAGCAAGUUUGCAGUAUUCAUUCCUCCAAAAAAAAUACCUGAGAUCAAGACGAUUCUGAAAGGAAUUUCAGAAAGAAGGUACCUGACAUUGCAGAAGAGGGUGAAACAAGUUGCAAGGCAUUUCGAGUUGAAUAGACCAGCCAAGCCAUUUGAUGUAAUUCAUAUGGUGCUUCAUUCAGUGUGGCUUAGAAGGAUGAACAUUCGGCUACAUUCUUAUAAUUGAUACCUCUUAUAUUAUUAAUUAACUGAACAGAAACAAUCUUAGUUUUUUGAAUUUGUAUUAAUUUACUUCCUCUGUAUUCUUUUUCCAUAUUUGGGUCUAUGAAAUAUUAAUUCAU